AUGUCCUUCAAUCCAAGCCGACCUUCCUCCUCAGAGGUGAAGGUAAAGCAAGAAUCAGAACUGAAACUCAAAUCAUUUGCUCCUCCAUAUGCUCUUCAACCAGAAUUAUAUUUGCUUCCUAUAAUGGAUCAUUUAGGAAAUAUUUAUUCAGCAUCAACUGUUUCUUUAGAUGGGCGGCAGACUAAUAAUGGUGUUGCUGAGGCUGAUGGAAUAAUCCACAGACCACUUAGUGUAACUUUGUUGAACGAAGAACCUGGAACAGAUCCCAGUUUUUUAGUAAACACUUUGAAAGAGCUUCUUAACAAAAAUCAGGAAGAAGGUGAUUUCAACUGGAGUGGGAAAAACAAAGAGGUUAUUAUAGUACGUUUUAGUAGUCAGAUAGGUAAAAAAGAGUGCAUCACCCUACCAGAUCUUAUUGAUUUUCCUUCACUUCCUUGUCAGCCUGCUCUUUCUCCCGGAAUAACUGAUACCUCUUUAUUACACAUUGAAAGAGAGAAGAUUAUUGAACAAAUGAAACAAGUAAAGGAAGAAAGACAAUAUCUGGAAAGAAUUAGAGAAGAACUAAUAAAAAAAGUUGAAAAGCUAUUUGAACAAAGAAAAUUGAAGCGAUAUCAUGCCUGUGAUGGUUGGAAGAAAAAAUACUUUGAAACAAAGAAAAUUACAGCAUCAUUAGAGGAGGUUUUAACAAAACUUCAAGAAGAUUUGGAACUUUACUAUAAAAAACUGCUCAUGCAACUUGAAGCCAGGGAGAUCAAGAUGAGACCAAAGAAUCUGGCAAACAUCACAGACUCUAAGAAUUACCUUAUAAUCCAGAUCACUGAAGUACAGCAUGAAAUUGACCAACUUAAGAGAAAACUGGAUACUGACAAAAUGAAACUCAUAAUAGAAGUUAAGAUGAGAAAACAAGCAGUUUCAGAUUUACGCACAUUGAAAGCUGAACUGGCACAGAAGAAAAUUAACACAUCUUUACAAUCCCAAGUAGGAAAUAUUAGAUGUAAAAAAGCAAACCGGUGGCUAUUUAGUUUUGAAGCUUUUAAGUAUUAG